AUGUUCAAAAGAAAAAGAGAUGUAGAUGAGGGUGCCACGAGCAUUGCAAUUGACAUUGUCAGUCAUCAAAACAAUAUCAACAAUCAAUUCAAUCAUAUAAAUAAUCUAAUAUAUAACAACAGCAACAACAACACAAACAACAACAAUGCUUAUUUAAUGAAUUAUAACAACAUUAAUGAUAAUAACAAUAAUCAUACAACUCAAAAUGAAAGUUAUAAUGAAGUUGUUGCUGAUGACGAUGAUAAUGACGAUGUUAAACUGAAAAUAAGAAGAUUGCAUAUCGGAAGUAGUAAUAAUGGUAUUGUUGUUAACCAUUAUAAUAAUAAUAAUAAUAAUAAUAAUAAUAAUAAUAAUAAUCAGCAGCACAAUAAUCAUUAUAACAACCACCAUCAUAUCCAACACAAUAAUCAACAUAAUCAACAAAAUAUAUAUAAUAAUAAUAAUAAUCAUCAUCACAGUCAUGCUAAUAAUAUACAUGAGAACCAUUUAAUACUUGAGCAAGAACAGCAACAGCAGCACCAACAAUAUUUAAACUAUAUAAAUCAACAACAAAUAAACAAUAACAAUUCAUUAAAUCAGUCUCUUUCAAACAUUCAUAUAUACGACCAACAACAGCAACAGCAACUACAACAACUACAACAACAGCAACUACAACAGCAGCAGCAGCAGCAACAACAGCAGCAGCAACAACAACAACAACAACAAAAUGUAAAUAUUUUUAAAGAAAAUCCUAUAAAUGAUUCGAAUCAACAAGAACAGCUGCAACAGCACCAACAACCAUAUUCAAACCAAACACAUAACAACUCAUUAUACACCGGUAUAAAUAACACAUUACGAUUAGCGCACAUCGACCGAGUUAGACAGAAAUACGGUUUGAAACCACUGGACAAUGCCGAUAACAAUAAUAACAAUAAUAACAACACAACAUCCGGUUCACCAUAA